UUACCAAAAUCCGGAUACCCGAAGACGGAAAAAACUAGCUAUACCUCAAAUGGAUGCUUCAGCUCAUCCAAACAAGGCACAACAGAGAUUGUGUUCUUUGACAUAGAAACAAAUGUACCCAAUAAAGCUGGACAAAGGUUCUGGGUUUUAGAAUUUGGUGCAAUUUUGGUUUGCCCUCAGAACCUUGUUGAGCUGGAAACCUAUAGCACACUCAUUAGGCCGGGGGACUUGUCUGUUGUGGCAUUGAGGUCUGGCCGGUCUGACGGGAUCACUCAGGAAACUGUUGCAAAAGCACCCUUGUUUGAGGAAGUUGCUGAUAAGAUAUUCAGCAUUUUGAAUGGAAGGGUGUGGGCAGGCCACAACAUUCGAAGAUUCGAUUGCGUUCGGAUUAAGGAGGCUUUUGCAGAGAUCGGUAGGCCUGCACCUACGCCGGUUGGGAUUAUGGACUCUUUAGGGGUGUUAACUGGUAAAUUUGGAAGAAGAGCUGGCAAUAUGAAGAUGGCAACAUUGGCAUCAUACUUCAACCUUGGGCAGCAAAAGCACAGGAGCCUUGAAGACGUUAGGAUGAAUCUGGAGGUCCUCAAGAACUGUGCAACCGUGCUAUUUUUGGAAGCAAACCUCCCCGGCGUGUUAAAUGGAAACUGGCCUGGCUCUUCGACGAUUACAACGCGGAGUAGAAGUAACGGGAAAUUGCCAUUCAGAGAAGAAACUAGCCGCAAGUCUGCACCAACUACAGCUUAUAAUUGUUCUCAUAGAGCUGUUCCAUAUGACUCAAGGGGGAGCUUGGGAAAGAUGACGGAAAGCGUACAGAAUCUGUUGUGUAGAGCCCAAAGAAAUCAGCCUCUUAACAACAUACUGAAGCAUUCUCAUUCGCUACUCCGGUGAGAAACUGAAGAGCGUCCAUUUCGACAUGCUGCAGAUGACCUCCGGUUGAACUGCCUGCAGUCACACUUACAGAAAGGAGAAUUAAGAAGCUUUUGUUAAAGGUGUUUGACUUUCAGAACUUAGAAAUUAGCAAACAAUAGCAACAGCUUGAAUUGGUUGCUACUAAUCUCAAUUAAUUGAUUCAACCAUUCUUUAU